CAAACCUCCAAACCACAAACAAAAACACACCACAACACACCAUCAGAAGUUUGACGCGAGUGUGAGCACAGAUUAGAUGAUGAUGGACGGGGGAGACGAUUGGAGUGAGAAGAAGCCUCUCCUCACGGAUGAUGAAGUAGAGACGGGCAACGAUACAGAGAAGCGGUUCUACGACGAUGUUUCCCCUUAUGUGGAGUUGACGGUGCCAGAGGCCAUCAACAGGAUUGGCUAUGGCUGGCAGCAAAUCCGCGUGCUCCUCAUCUGCGGGCUCUGCUUCUGCACAGACAGCAUCGAGAUUGGUCUGUUGACCUUCCUUCAAGUGGAGGCCAAGCAUGCGUUUGACCUGACAGAUGUGGAGGAGUCCACGCUGUCUGCGGUUGUGUUUGGCGGGGAGCUGUUUGGCUCCAUCUUCUGGGGUCCAAUGGCAGAUCGCUUUGGGCGACGUCGUGCCGCGUUUCUUCCGGCACUCAUGGUCACUGGCGCGGGCUUGGCAAGUGCGUUCUCUGUGGACUUUAUCAUGCUGGUUGCGCUUCGCUUCCUUGUUGGCUUUGGCAUUGGCGGUAUGGGUGUUCCCUACGACCUCCUGGCCGAGUUUAUGCCGUCCAAGAUUCGCGGCAAGGCCCUCUUCAGCAUCGAGUUUUUCUGGACGUUUGGGACGCUGUUUGUGAACGGCUUGGCGUGGAUCAUGCUUGACCGGCUGGGCUGGCGCUAUCUCGUGGCCGUGUGCGCUGCGCCUGUUGCCAUCGCCAUGUUGUUCUUCCCCUUUCUCCCGGAAUCGCCACACUGGCUGCUGUCUGUCAACAGGAGCGAGGAUGCUCUCCGUGUUGUCCGCAACGCAGCCCGCCUGAACAAGCGCGAAGACGCGCUCCCGCCAAACAUGCGACUCGUGCGCAUGCACAACCCGCCAGUCGACGGCAAGACGUUUGUGAUUGCCUCGUCCCACCACGAAGGCGGCGUUGAUGGUGGUGACGACGAGUACUACCGCGAUGAUGCUGGCUACCACCGCGAGAAGAACAGGGAGCUCACACCCAUGCUCAACGGCACUGCCAAUCACAAGCACGCCAACAGCAGCAAGCACAACAACACGGCUGUCAGCGUCAACAGCGUGCACAACGGUGGGGGCAGUGGCAGUGCAGUCGCCAGUGAUGAUGAUGAUGUUGCUGAUGACAGCGGCGGGUCCAUGUCACCGCUGCGGCUAUUCAACAAGGCCAACUGGCGCGCAACUGUCAUGCUCUGGACCAUCUGGAGCACAUUCGGCUUUGCAUAUUACGGCGCCGUGAUCAUUACGCCCGAAUACUUCUCUGGAUGGGACCACAAACACAACAGCACAAACGGAUCGUCCAUCCACAACGACACGCUGUUUCUCCAGCAAGCCCCUGUGUUCUCCCUUGACGGCAAUCAAACACAUCACCAUCACCACCACCACAGCACGGGUCACUUUGACUACCCUGCCCUGUUCACGGCUGGCGCUGCCGAGCUGCUGGGCGCGAUUGUGGGCGUGCUGCUGAUUGACCACAUCAACAGGAAGCCGUUGGCCGGCGUGACGUUCAUCAUCAGCGGCGUGCUCAUGGUGCUGACGAUUAUCAGCGUUCCGCGCGGCGUGGGCAUCAUGCUUGUUGUGCUUGCACGCAUGGCCAUCUUCAUUGGCUCUUGCGUGGUGUGGGUGGUGACGCCGGAGCUGUACUCGACGAGCGUGCGUGCUGCUGGACAUGGGUGGUGCAAUGGCAUGGCGCGGCUUGCGGCGUUUGCCACCCCAUAUUGGGGCGAUGCCUCUGCUGUGCCGCUGUAUGGCCGCCUUGCCCUCUAUGGCGCCACCAGCAUUAUCGCUGGCAUGGCAUCUUUUGGCCUUCCCCGCGAAACCAGGGGCGUUGCCCUUGACUAACUGAACAAACCAUGUGUGUGUGUGUCUGUCUGUGUGUCUGUGUGUCUGCGUGUGUCUGUGUGUCUGUCUGUGUCUGUGUAUCUGUGUCUGUGUGUGUGUCUGUCUGUCUGUCUGCGUGUCUGUGUGUGUGUGUGUCUGUGUGCGUGUCUGUGUCUGCGUCGGCGUCUGUCGGUCGGUCGGCCCAUGCUGUGUGCUUUGUCACUUUUGUUUUUUCCUUUUGCCUGCAGGCAACUAGCUGUUCUAAGACCAUUUGAUGUUCUUCCUUUAUACCACCUCUUCGGUGUAAUCGCCCCCCUCCCUCCCGCCUUGCGCCUGUUUUCCUUUCUUUCUCGUUCUGCCAUGCGCAUCCUUUGCUGGCACGCACGCUUGCUCGCGCUCCCCUUUUUGUGCUUCUUGCUUUGCAAGCGUCAACCCACGUGUAUUGACGAUGGUGUAGAGGAUCCGCGAAAAUCUUCCAAUAAAUUUCAGCAAUCACGA